AUGUCAUCCCAAAAGUUCCCUCCCUUUACAUCGGCUGACUUCACCUUCGUCGUCGCUUCCACCAUUGCCGAAGCUGAUAGCUUCAUGCAAGCCAUAACCACAAGCACUGUUGCUACGGACACUAUAUUCGGAUUUGAUGUAGAACUCACGCCAACCAGGGCCGUACGACUCAUUCAAAUUGCCACGCGUACGCAGGCAUAUGUUUUUGAUAUCACUCUGAUUGGCACUUUUCCCACCUCUCUAUUGGACUUCGUCGCCAAUGCCAAGUAUACGAAGAUAGGUGUCGACAUCCUUGGUGAUGCCAAAACGUUGCCUCAAGCAUCUAUGCGCUCGGGCGGCGAUCUCAGUCGCCUACAUCGCACUAUUGACCAUUUGGGCGCUCACCUCGGACUCCACUUUGCAUCUUCCGUCGCCCUCGCCAGUCUGAGUGAGCAGUGGAUAGGCAGGACCCUCGACAAGACCUUACAAAAGUUUGAUUGGUCCCAAGACCUCCAAACGCAUCAUUACACCUACGCUGCUGCUGACGCCGCUGUUGCCAUUCGAAUAUACGAUGCCAUACUCCAAAGACACGCCUCUAUGGCUGUUCCCAACCCCUUCUGGACUUUUGUCGAUAUCGAUCCCCUCAGCGGCAAGGCCGUUGGCCUAUACGACGAAUACCCACCUUAUUCCGCCAAGAAUUCGGCCCAUGUCAAAAACAUCCAGGCCUGUCUCAAUAAGAUCCAGAAAGCGAUCAACCUCGCCGACGCUACUAACAAGGUUACCUCUGGCAAGACGUGGAGUGAGAUAGAGAAUCCGGCUAUGGUAGUGUUUUGUGCAGACUUGACUCAAGCCCUCGCCAGGUACCAUAGAACUGUGGCCGCAUAUUCCCAGUAG